AUGAGCCUUGAACCGAGUGGCCUCCCAAGAUCCUCUUCGCCAGCCAGCUCCGAAGCAUCUCUACCGAAACCUCCAACCCGCGCAUAUGAAGAUGCAGAUGGCUUGAAGAAGGACAAAAGCUACCGUCGCUACGCUGCGAAUGUCGACCGCGCCCUGUCUCUGUUCGAUACUGCGCUCCAAGAAUGGGCAGACUACAUCUCGUUCCUCAGCCGCCUUUUAAAGGCACUCCAAACACAUCCACCGUCACUCUAUCUUGUACCGAAUAAGCUGCUUGUUGCAAAGAGGCUUGCACAAUGCCUGAAUCCGUCACUCCCAUCCGGUGUCCACCAGAAGGCUUUGGAGGUAUAUGGAUUUAUUUUCGGGCUUCUUAAAUCCGAUGGCCUGGCUCGGGACCUGGCCAUAUAUCUUCCCGGAAUUGCUCCCACCUUGUCGUUUGCCUCUCUUUCGGUCCGGCCGUUAUUUCUAUCACUUAUUGAAAAUCAUAUUCUACAGCUUAACCCCACAGCUCUACGUUCAGCCAUUAAAUCGAUCAUCCUAGCCCUUCUUCCCGGACUUGAGGAUGAGACGAGUGAGGACUUUGAAGAAACACUUAAGUUGGUUGAUAAGCUUCGCGAGGUAUCAAGUACCACCACUGGUGAUGACUCUGGCGCGGCGGCUGGCAGCCAGUACUUCUGGCAGUGCUUGUUCCUUGCAUCUAUUACGAACCCAUCUCGACGGGUAGGAGCUCUCGCAUAUCUAAACCGCUACUUACCAAAGCUUGCGGGUAGGGUACAAUCAGAUGAUAUCCCUAAAAGAGGUGACGGUUCUGAGGAUGGUGGGAAUAAGGCCCAUGAUUUGCCUAGUGCUAUAGAGAGUGUUACGUCCCCAGAGCCAGGGCUUCUCAUUCGAUGUUUUGCAACUGGGUUGGCGGAUGAGCAAGUUCUUAUACAGCGGAACUUUUUGGACCUCCUUGUCACCCACCUCCCGCUACAUUCUUCCGUUCUACAACAGCGGAUUACUUCUGGGGAUCUGGAGCUUCUUGUUGGUGCUGCCGCCGGAGUUGUCAUCCGGAGAGAUAUGAGUCUCAAUCGUCGCCUGUGGGCAUGGCUCUUGGGACCUGAUUUUGAAAAGUCUUCACAUACAAGUGAUGCAGGAGCCGACGCCUCAGUAUCUGCCAGCCCUGCUGCCAUGGCUACUUUUGAUAACGAUGGCUCAAAGUCACAUUACUUCGAGCAAUUCGGUCUAAAGCCGCUUGUCAGUAGUGUCAAAUCUAUGCUUGCAAAAAAUUCUUCCAAUCCAAACGAACGAGCUAAGCCGUACCGCAUAUCUCUAUCACUUAUGGAUCGAUGGGAGGUUGGUGGAUUGGUAGUUCCGGAAGUUUUCCUCCCUGUCAUCCGCAGCACCCAGAGAUACAAGCAUAUCGCGAAGUCAAAGACUAGUUUUGAUGAAGUGUUCCGAAGUGCCAGUGCUUUCUUUGAUGGCGUUGAAAGUAACUUGAUAUUUUCGGAGCUCAUUGGCCUUGUUCUCUCGCCUCGUUCAACCACAUCACGGCCGAAUCGUAUGAUUGAUGAUUUGCGUCUAGCCACUUUUAUGCUGUCUCACUUCAAUAUGAAAGAAGAGGAGAUGCUAACUACACAUAUACCCUUGCUGAUCUUAUCAUUACUUCUUAAAACGAAAUCACUAUCCACAUCCAGUGCUUGGAACGAACCGGGCUACUCUAGUGUAGCAAACGCUGCUCUUGAUGAAAUAGGGUCAACCGCCAGUUUACUCGUCCGCCUUGUCCCAGAAAGAGCAUUCACCUCACAACCAGAUAAAACUCAGGAUAUAGACGUGGAUAAUUCCACGUCUCCCGUGAGCCACGAGCAAGUAACGAAAGCUGUCUUGAAUUUUUAUUCUCGAAGCAAGGAUUCGCUGCGACUCCCGGAACCCCCUUUUUCACCCACUGAAGUGGCAGCUAUCAUUCUCCGUGAAGCUCAAUCUCUGGUUCUGUUUUCUUUAGAGUCGGAUACUCAAGCUGUAUUUCUCAGGGAAAGGAUAAAUCUGUUUGUUGCUCUACUCAGUAAAAUGCAAAGGACAGAGCUUCCGGAGCCAGGAACACUCUAUGAUGCCAUCGAGGAAAAGAUUACCACUGCAAAUUAUGACCAUAGCGUUCUCCCUAUGCCUGUCAUUAAUUCAGUUGUAUUUGCCAUUACGUCCUUAUAUUCCAUCAAAAAGGCUAGUCAUUAUGUUAGCUACGAGCAAAUUGCCGAUCUGAUUCCAGUCCUGGUCCAGCACCUGUGGGAUUUCUUAGAGCCGGCAAACUUACGUUUCCACGUUGAAGCUGCAGCAUGCUUAUGGCUUUUACACUCUGUUAGUUGGAGAGACCAUCUCGUCGAAGCCGCUAUAACGUCGGUCAUGAUAUCUUCCUCGACUUCGUCACAUCAAGCUCCUCUUGAUCAAGCCGAGAAGUUCUUUGUGUUGUGGAAUCAUAGUCAUCAUUCCAACACCGAUUCUUUCGCAUUGCGUAUACCCAGUGAUGAUGGCCCAAAUAUAAAAAUGACAUACCGCGCAAACCUACUCAGUCAACCACUAUUUAACGUUCUUAGCCUUCUCUCGUCCGGCCUGGAAGGCACAUCUUUCGCAGUCAGAGACUGGCUUCGUGAUCUACCAUCCACAUAUGAGCUAUUUCGUGUCAUUUUGCUAAAGUUCCGCGACUUUCACCUUCUGCAAGAAAAAUCGACGGAAGAAACAAGUGAAUUUAGGGAAACCAUGAUACUCAACCAUGUCAACCAGUGCGUUUAUAUGCUUCAGCUAGUGCGAAACGUAUUAUCUGUGCUUACUCCAGCUGGAUGGUCGUUGAUAUUAUCAAAUACGGCUAAUCAGCCGCCACGAACUAAAUCCGUACCAUUUGACGUAGAAGAAAACAAAGGAGAAGUCACUAUUCAGACGGAGAUUUCACAGAUAUGCUUCCAUGCACUCCAUGGCGUUCAUCAUGUGCCAGAGAGCCUCCACCCCCAACAAGGCCAGAUAAGAAAAGAAGCAUUGUCACUACUGCGCCUGUUGCUCUCAAGUCCAGGAGCAGAAAAGCUGCUUUCUUUAGAUAUAGACGCCUACCUUCUAGAUCAUCUAUCACUAGCCUUAGAUGAGGGGAAAGUAGAGCAUCAGUCUUCCAUAAUUGAUGCUCUAAUCCCGGUUCUUAAAAUGCGGUACGCGCAGCAUCUAGGGCUUUCAGGCGCUACAUCUAAUAGGCAUCAGAGAAAAGGAUCUUUUGAUAUAUCCCGAAUGUCGUUUAGUGCUGAGAGACCUGACAAAGGCCAGGAGAACCAGAUUUUACCCCAACCUCCUUCUAAGCUCUUAGAUUGCCUUCUUAAAGGCAUCAGCUCGAAGCUGUCUCGACCCAUUAUCGACAAAUGGGUGAAUUUCCUUGCAGAGUGCCUGCCUCUAUACUACAAGUCCAUUUUUAAGGUCCUCUUGACACUCGCGGAGCGCUUUUGCAAGGAAAUAAGCACUUCGUUCAACGAUCUUCAAGCCAUGUUCCAAAAAGUAUCUGUGGCAUUGCCUAACUGUUCGCCUGAGCACACCACUAUAGCAUUAUUGAGCGGCUUAGAGACUUGCAUUGCAACUGCCCAUGACCGUCUCCAAGCCGAAGAGGUGAACACUGCUGCAGUAAAAUCACCAGAUCAACCUCAAGGAUUCUUUGGCAGCAUGUUUGCAUCCGAGGGGACCCAAACCCAACCCACGAGUGGUAAUAACACUAGACUUACAGUCCUUCUGUGUUUUCAGGAUGCUGUGCAGUUAUGCUAUUCAAUCUGGGCAUGGGGGGCUAGUGGGCGAGGAAAAUCUUCUCGGGAUCACGAUUCUGUCGCCUCCUUUCAGUAUACCUCAUUAAGAAUGAGGAAUAGGGCUAGAAGAAUACUGGAACAUUUGUUCGCAGCCGAGGCCCUCGAGUGCCUUGAAACAUUAAUCAAACUAUGGCGUACGUCAAUAGCUUUGGAUGAACCAGCCAAAAGCAGGGCAAUAUUUAGUCUAUUGCAUACUCUGGACGGAUCAAAACCCAAGGUCACGAUUCCCGCCAUUUUCAAUGCUAUAUAUAGCCGAACCAGCCCAGCUGCUCUGGAACCAAGCCGUAAAUCGUCAAUGUCUUCGGAACUAACAGAAACCGACCUUGCAGCUUUCCUGGUCAUGUAUGCAAAGUCACUGGACGAUGACUUUUUAGAUGACAUCUGGGGUGACUGUAUUACCUUUUUGAAAGACGUUCUCACAAAUCCAUUUCCACAUCGCCAGAUUCUGCCCCGUUUACUCGAGUUCGCUGUAGUGCUUGGGGGCAAGAUGGAAAACACCACAUUUGGGGAUGAUCGAAGAACUAGAAGGGAGCUAGGGGACUUGAUAUUGCGACUUCUACCGGCCAUCUUCACCAGCAAACCAUUAUCUGGGACCCAUGAAUCAUCAGCUCCUCGAAACCAGGAGUCGGACCAAUCAAGCUCGCCCUCCCUUCUACAACGUAUUGGACCAGACGAUGUCAUUGGAAUCCUGUCUGUUAGCCUUCCAGCGCUGACAGCUACUCUAGACGAGUCAGAUAGGGUAUCAAACGCAUUGUCCAGCAUAUCGACGAACAUCAUAUCUCCUACAUUCCAUUCACGCCUGUUCCCAUCUAAUGUGGAUAAAAACACUCUAGACCUCCUACAGCAAAUCUCCAAGGUCCAAGGAGCAGCCAAGAUCUGGAAGAAGGACGUGAGCGAUGCAUUCAACGACAGCAAGUUUUUUGGUUUCAAACUUGGCUUGGUGAAAAGCCAUUGGAUACGGCUAUUCCGUCAAUGGGCCCUGACGGAUACAGAACGCCUUACUGAAGUGCUCUCUCGCCUCACAUCCCCAACGUCUGCAGGCAUAAUGUUUGGAGUUGGUGCAAGCGCUGCUCGCUUGGAAGCGGAUCGUAAAGCACAGCUGAACCUCCGUCGAAUUGCAUUAUUGAUAAUUGCAUCUGACGAGGAUCAUUUCAGCGCUGAGUUAUCAGAACUCCAGCAAAAGUUGGAGGACCUCCUUGCAGCUACUCAUGUAUCUUCACCAUCAUCUGUGACAAGGGCAGAAAUAUACAUGGUCCUUAGAGCCUUAGUUCUCAAGACAGGGUCCACAAGCAUUGCUCCGUAUUGGCCUAUGAUCAGUACGGAGCUUCAAGAUGCGAUUUCCGCCAUCUCUCGGGAACAGGAGAACGAGACAUAUAACCCUUAUUCACUUCUUCAAGCCUCCAAGCUUCUAGAAACACUGCUUCUGGUUUCUCCGGAUGAUUUCCAGUUACAGGAAUGGCUCUUCGUCACGGAUACCAUAGACGUAGUAUAUCCACCAAAUCGUUGGGAAUCAGCGGCCCUUGCUGACUCUCUCUCCCGUUCGCUUGGGAAGAGCAAAAGCCCCCAUAGCCAGCAUUCAACUUCAGUUCAAGACACCGCUGGAUAUGAUGGCGGCGGUGAUGAGGAAAGCGCUGGUACAGAAUCUAGCAAGAAAGAUGGAUUCAAGAAAGCUUGGCUGAACUCGGAUAUCAGCAGGGAAACAGCCAAGGAUGAGAUUAUAGAGAAGUUGUUACGGCCCUUCUUUGACCGGUUGAGUAUACAUUCUUUUGAGACCAUGUAUAGUAUGGGUGUUCCAGACAUUACGGCCUGCACAGAUGAUCUUCUCGCUGAUUUGUUCAACGAGUUCACCAUAGUUAGUUAA